UGCUUAUAUAUUUGGAGUGAUAAUAACAGCUAGCAGCUUCUUCUUUAAACAUACACUCAUGGGUCGCCAUUCUUGUUGUGUGAAGCAGAAGCUUAGAAAAGGAUUAUGGUCUCCUGAAGAGGAUGAAAAACUUCUCAAAUACAUUUCAAGAUUUGGUGUUGGCUGCUGGAGUUCUGUUCCUAAACAUGCUGGAUUGCAAAGGUGUGGGAAGAGUUGUAGGCUUCGAUGGAUAAAUUAUCUGAGGCCUGAUCUAAAAAGAGGAACAUUUUCGCAACAAGAAGAAGAUCGUAUACUUAAUCUUCAUCAAGUUCUUGGCAAUAGGUGGGCUCAAAUUGCUGCCCAGUUGCCUGGACGAACAGAUAACGAGAUCAAGAACUACUGGAACUCGAGUUUAAAGAAAAAACUAGUGAAACAAGGGAUUGAUCCAAACACCCACAAGCCAAUUACCGAUAAAGAUUAUGCGAAAGACAAAAAGAUCGAAUUUUACGCAAGUUCUUCAUCAUCAAUGCCAAUGGCAGCUGAACUAGAGCAUGCUUUGCAUUUCAACAAUGGUGGAAUAAUGUUAUCAUCAUCAUCUAUGGAACCCGGGUUGAUACGCGACACUUUGUUGAGUAAAUCGAUGUGUGAUCCGUUGUUCUUGGUUGAAUUCCAAUCGGGUAUGGAUCCAAUCAGCUACAAUUCAAAUCUUCUAGCUCAAUUUCAACAAACCAACUAUGAAACCUCAUUGCCAAGUUUAGCAAGCUUUGAUCAUCAUGAUUUGAAGAUGACAACGAAUUCAUUCAUGAUCAAUGAAGUUAGAGAAAGUUCAAGCACCACCAAUAGUUCAAACAUGAACACAAGUACUCUUUCUGCAGGGUUUCAACCCAUGGCAUUUGAAGGGGAAAUGCUUCAAUUCAAUGGAGCUAAUGUCAAAUCUGAGCAAGGGUGUGCAGGUCAAUGGGGACAUCAUAUGCAAGAGGUGCAAGUCAAUAAUGCAUCAGAUUUCAGUAUGUACCCAACGGGGUCACUACCUGGGGAAUACACUCAUGUCUACCAUCAGAUAUGACUGGCCCAUGUAAAUCUCAGUACACCAUUUAUUUUUAUCUUAUCAACAAAUAAAAGGUUGAUGGAUUUCGUACCCGAGCAAGUAGUGCUGGGGUACGCGACUAGUUUUAUGCUACAAGGUUUGCCGGACGGUAUAAUAUUUUUGGGUUUUCUCUUUUGGUUUUCGGUAUAGAGAUAUGACUAAAGGCGUUGUAAAGUUUUCUUACUAUUUCUUGGAUUGUGCAAAAGGGUGGGUACAUCAUUUUCAUGUCAUUUUGGCCUAAUAAGAAGUAUAUUGAAGUGUUAAA